GACGGCCUGAAGCAGUGCCUGUCCGAAUUCAAGCAGCAGCUAGCUUGGGUGGAAAGGCUGGAUAUGACUUCUGGCCAGGUCGUGGACCCUGUCUUGCAGAGCGCUUCCGACAAAGAUGCUGUUGAUCCUGAGAAUGAUUUCCAGAGAGAGAUGAGCUUUUACCGGCAGGCUCAGGCAGCCGUCCUGGAAGCCCUACCUAGGUUGCGUAAGCUCCAAGUUCCUACUAGAAGGCCAGAUGAUUACUUUGCAGAGAUGGCCAAAUCAGACCAACAGAUGCAGAAGAUUCGACAGAAGCUUAAGAGUAAACAGGAAGCAAUGGAGAGGUCUGAGAAAGCGAAACAGCUUCGUGCAAUGAGAAAAUAUGGCAAGAAGGUGCAAACUGAGAUUCUGCAGAGGAGACAAAAGGAGAAAAAAAAUAUGUUGAAUGCAGUCAAGAAAUACCAGAAAGGUCUCUCUGACAAGCUGGAUUUUCUAGAUGAAGAGCAGACGUCAUCUCAGGGGAAUAAAAAAGGCAUUGCAAGUCAACGGAUAAAGAAGGGACCAAAUGCCAAAAGACGAUACAAGAAUCAGAAGUUUGGUUUUGGUGGGAAGAAGAAGGGCUCAAAGUGGAACACAAAGGAGAGUUUUAAUGAUGUAUCCAGCUUCCAGUCAAAAGUGGCUCACAACAAAGGCCCAGGAAAAGCAGGAAAAGGAGGGAAAAAAGCCCUCAAUAAGAGACCUGGAAAGAGAGCAAGGCAGAAAAUGAAGAGUCGAGCGCGAUAAGAGGACUGUGGUCCCCAGUGGGGUUCCUGUGUUUGUGUGUUGCAAGAUGUGUUUCUGCUGUUACCAAGCAGCUAACUGUGGAGCAAGCUGGAUGCUUCCAAGUGGCAAGAACAAAAGUCAGUGGAAACUAGUGCCUUAUCACUAAUUUCUUCUUACUGUCUCUUUUGUUGAAGGAUUGUUUUCUACUUAAAGCUUUGGCGUGUGAACGCAUUAAAUGGUUUGCACAGAACUAUGUCUAAUUCAUGCUUAGUUGUGUCAUGAACGGUAGCUGAAGCCUGCCCUUUGUUCCUGUCAUUCUGACAGUUUUUCCCACAGCUACUGUUGACAUGUACUUGGUGAACUUGAGUUCUGGGUCAUGCUGCCGAUGUCAAAAUAAGAAGUUAGAAGCCUGUCAAGAUGUUAAA